GGAGACACUCCUUCCAGCCGUCGAGGUGUGUGCUUCUCUUUCUCAGAGGCUCGGGAUGUGUUUGGUUUACGGUCGGGCCCCCGGAGCGCUUCUUCUCCUCCUGUUGGCCCUCGUCCUGAACACCAGCUGCAGUCUGGACUCCGCGGCUGAAUGGGAGAAGGAUCCCGCAUACUGGAAUGAUCAGGCCAGACGGACGCUGCAGACGGCCCUCACACUGCCUCUCAGAGUCAACCGAGCCAAAAACAUCAUCCUCUUCGUUGGUGAUGGAAUGGGAGUGUCCACGGUUUCAGCCGCUCGUAUCCUGCGGGGUCAGAUGGAAGGACAGUCCGGGGAGGAGACAAUUCUGGCCAUGGACACGUUUCCAUAUCUCGCCCUGUCAAAGACAUAUUGUGUGGACAAGCAGGUCGCGGACAGCGCUAGCACAGCUACAGCGUAUCACUGCGGAGUGAAGGCUAAUGCCAAGACGGUGGGCUUGAGUGCCAAAGCAGUGGCCUACGAGUGCAACACAACAUUUGGCAAUGAGGUUUUCUCAGUGCUGCACCGCGCCAAAGCACAAGGAAAGUCUGUUGGCAUCGUGACCACCACCAGAGUCCAGCACGCGUCGCCGGCUGCUGCGUAUGCGCAUUCAGUCAGCCGUAAAUGGUACAGCGAUGCAGAUGUGCCCUCCGAAGCCCGCCGGCAGGGCUGCAAAGACAUCGCCACACAGCUGGUGACCAACACUGACAUUGAUGUCAUUCUUGGCGGUGGCCGGAUGUACAUGACACCCAAGGGAACCCCUGACCCAGAAUACUCCUCAUCAUCUCACAAAGGAGAUCGAAAAGACAAAAAAAAUCUUAUUAACGUUUGGCUCAAUGCCCGCAAGGGAAGAAACGCCCAGUACGUUUGGAACAAAGAGCAGUUCAAUGCAGUGGAUGUUCAAACAACAGACUGCCUGAUGGGCCUGUUUGAGCCCAAAGAUAUGAGAUUUGAGGUGUUCAGGAAUCGUACACGUGAUCCUUCCAUCGUGGACAUGACUGAGAAAGCCAUUCAAAUCCUCAGCAAGAACCCUAAAGGCUUUUUUCUCUUUGUGGAAGGAGGCAGAAUAGACCACGGACACCACGACGGGGUGGCCAAACUUGCUCUGACAGAGACCAUCAUGUUCGACCGGGCGAUUCAGAGAGCGUCCGAGCUGACCAGUGAAUCAGACACGCUCACUGUCGUCACCGCAGAUCAUUCCCAUGUCUUCACCUUUGGUGGAAAAACUCCUCGGGGGAACCCAAUUUUUGGUCUGGCACCUAAACAGGCUGAAGAUGAUCUUCCAUACACUAGUAUCUUGUAUGCGAACGGGCCAGGAUACGAUCAUGUGAACGGAACAAGAGGAAAUGUUUCCGUUUUGGAUUAUUAUGAUGAAGAGUACAAGCAACAAGCUGCGGUUCCCUUAGAAUCCGAGACACACGGAGGGGAAGAUGUGGCUAUCUAUGCCAAAGGCCCAAUGGCACACCUCUUUCAUGGAGUCAAAGAGCAGAACUAUGUGGCCCAUGCCAUGGCUUACGCAGCAUGCCUUGAGCCGUACACCAACUGCCCGCUGGAUCUGUACAGCUCUGCAGGCUGGAAAACCCCUCUUUCAUUGACUCUGAUCUCUCUAACCGGCGUGUUUUGGCUUGUUUUGAGAUGACAGACUCCACUUUAUGUGGGCACUCCGAAGAUGCUGAACAGCCCGUGUAGCUCAUACUGAAGUUUUUGCAGUGCACUGCUGCGUGUACAUAAAUGUAAAGUUGUUGUUUUUUCACCACAUCCAGAUAUGUUUGUAUAUAUUGCGCAGCUGACGAAUCUUUUGCACUGUGAUCACAAAUUGCUCAAACACGUGAGACCAAUAAACUUCUACAAGGAAA